AGUAUGUUGCACAGAAGCGUUCAGGAAAGCUGUUCUCAGACAGAAUCAGUGAAAAUACAACUGCUGUGAGCCGUGACUGCACUUCACUGCUCACGGCCUCAGGCUAUGAAGAGGCCAAUAAAGGCUGGAGCCCACGAACUCCAACCCAGAUCGAAGGCUUCCUCUCUGGCACCCAGCCAUGAAGCUCCUUUUUCCUAUCUUUGCCAGCCUCAUGCUACAGUACCAGGUGAACACAGAGUACUUUGGCUUGAGAAGAUGUCUAAUGGGUUUUGGGAGGUGCAAAGACUACUGUGCCGUGGGUGAAACGGAGAUACAGAAAUGCAAGAAGAGAAAAUGUUGCAUUGGACAGAAAGUGGUUCAAAUGAUAAAAAACUACAUGCAAAAUGAAAUGUCCCACACACUUGAAGGGAACUCCCAAGAACACCUACAAGUUACCAAGAAUUCUGAUGCUUUGAUACAAACAAAAUACCAAAUUUUAUCUCUUCUCCCCAGAACCAAAAGCAUCAGCCCUUUUGCCAACGUCCACCCCCUCCUCAUCCCAAAUGCCACCACUGUAAACUCAGCCAUCACCAACCCUACGACCUCAUGCAAGAUCACAUACACUGCAAUUUCUGCCAAGAACAACACCACAGAAAGCAGAGAUUCGGCCAGUGACUCCUCACCACCAGCACCACCGCCAUAGACACUCUCAACACCAUGA